AUGACCCUGAGCACGGAGAUGUCCGAUGCCUCCGGCCUCGCCGAGGAGACAGACAUCGACGUGGUGGGGGAGGGCGAGGACGACGACGAGGAGGAGGACGAUGACGACGAGGGCGGCGGCGGAGGAGGCGGUGGAGGCGGCGGCGGCGGCGGCGGCGGCGGCGGCGGAGGGCCCCGGUUGUCGGGCUCGGCCCAGCGGCGGCGGCGCUCUUACGCCGGGGAGGACGAGCUGGAGGACCUGGAGGAGGAGGAGGACGACGACGACCUGCUGCUGGCCUCGCGGCCCGCCGCGUCCCCCGCGCCUCCGGGCCCUGCGCCCGCAUCCGGGACCGGCCCGGGAGGCUGCAGCGGCCCGGGAACGGGAGGCAGCUCGGGGGGAGGCGCGGGCGGCGGCGGCGGCGGUGCCAAGAACCCCCUGGUGAAGCCACCGUACUCGUACAUCGCGCUCAUCACCAUGGCCAUCCUGCAGAGCCCCAAGAAGCGCCUGACGCUCAGCGAGAUCUGCGAGUUCAUCAGCGGCCGUUUCCCUUACUACCGGGAGAAGUUCCCCGCCUGGCAGAACAGCAUCCGCCACAACCUGUCGCUCAACGACUGCUUCGUCAAGAUCCCCCGCGAGCCGGGCAACCCGGGCAAGGGCAACUACUGGACGCUCGACCCGGAGUCCGCGGACAUGUUCGACAACGGCAGCUUCCUGCGCCGCCGCAAGCGCUUCAAGCGCCAGCCGCUGCUCGCCCCCCACGCCGCGGCCGAGGCGCUGCUGCUGCGGGGCGCGGGGCCGGCGGGGGGCGCGGGAGACCCGGGCGCCGCGCUCUUCCCGCCGCCGCCGCCGCCGCCGCCCGCCUGCGGCUACGGAGCCUACGGCUGCGCCUACGGCCUGCAGCUGCCGCCCUGCGCGCCGCCCUCCGCGCUCUUCGCCGCCGCCGCCGCGGCCGCCGCCGCCGCCUUCCACCCGCACUCGCCGCCGCCCCCGCCGCCCCCGCCGCCCCCGCCGCCCGGGGCGGCCGCCGAGCUGGCGCGGACCGCCUUCGCCUACCGGCCGCACGCGCUGGGCGCCGCCGCCCUGCCCGGCCCGUUGCAGGCGGCUGCAGUCAAGGCGGGAGGCCCCGGCGCCGCGGCGCUGGCACGCUCGCCUUUCUCCAUCGAGAGCCUCAUCGGGCGCAGCCGGGGCCCCGCGGCCGCCGGUGUGCAAGCCUCGGCCGGGGCCGCUAGCGGGACCGUACCGGGACCCGGGGGCGGAGGCUGCGCGGCGCAGGCGGCUGCAGGCCCCGCUGCCGCGCUCACCCGCUCGCUCGUGGUCGCCGCUGCGGCCGCCGCCUCGUCCGUGUCGUCGUCGGCCGCGCUGGGGACUCUGCACCAGGGGACUGCGCUGUCCAGUGUGGAGAACUUUACUGCUAGGAUUUCCAAUUGUUAG